UCCCGGGCAGCGACCACUUAGUCGAGCCGUUUAGUCCAAUUUAGUUAGUCGAACAAGCGAACAAGAAAUCAAGGAAAAAUGUACUACAAUCAAGGCUACCAAAUGGAAGUGAUCGAUCCGUACUACCCGCCGGAGAUCAUCGAGGUGAUGCAGCCGCCGCCGCCCGUAGAGGUGAUAAUGCCCUCGCCAAUUUACACGCAGCCCGUGGUGGUGGUGGAGCAGCCCAACUACGGCCCGACUGCCACAGGACCCUCGCCUGGCGAAAUGGAGUGCUGCCUGAUGUUGGGCGCCUGCUGCGUCAUGGAGGAGUGCGGCAUGUGCGUCAUCUCCUAGAACCGCAAAUAAAUGGAAUAAAUACGAGUACAUAAAUAUGUGGAAUAAGAAGCCUGUAAAUUAAUUAAUAAAUCUAGACUGAAACCGAACGUGUCUCAGC